AUGCCUCAGGCCAAGCGGGCAGAGAUGCCACCUUGGGCACGAGACCGAGGGGUGGAUCUAACCAUGGACAGUAUUUCUCAGGUGAUCCAUGACUGUGAGACCUGUGCUGCCAUCAAACAGGCCAAGCGGGUGAAGCCCCUGUGGUAUGGUGGGCGGUGGUCCAAGUACAAGUAUGGGGAGGCCUGGCAGAUUGACCACAUCACACUGCCCCAGACACGCCAAGGCAAGCGCUACGUGCUCACCAUGGUGGAAGCCACCACUGGAUGGUCCCUGACACUGCCCCUGUUCCUUCCCCAGCUGUCCACCCACCAGCUGCUGGAGGCGAUGGUGGCCAUGGUGGCCACACUGGGCAAGCUGGUGGCCACCCUGAGAGAACUGACGGCCACCGUGGCCAGGCCGCACAGGGACGUGCUGCUGGCCGUGUCCCCAGAGUUCCUGCAGGUGGCUGUGGGGACCUUGAUCUUUCACCUCCAGGACGCCCUGCGCCACUACCGUGUCCCCUCCCUGGGCUGGACCCUGGCCCACCUCGGGGACACCCCAGGGACCACCUGGGCCUGUGUGAGAGCCCUGGCCAGCGCCAGGCGUGUCCUGGACAGGCUCAUGGACAGCUGGGCCUGGGUGGCCAAGGGGGCCACCAAGCUCCGCGACGCCUGCAGGGAUGAGGCCACCAGGAGGGGACAGCGGCUGGAGCUGCACCUGGGGCUGCUGGGGGACUUGGUGGCCGCGUGUGACGAAGCCACCGCGUUCCCUCGGGAGCUGCAGCGCCGGCUCGGGGACAUCGAGGCUGCCCUGGAGGGGACAAUAGAGGUGUCCCCUGAUUUCCGUGCGGCCUUGGUGGCCACAGUGACUGAGGCUGAGCAGUUGUGGGAGGCCAAUGCCCGCCUGGCCACGCGUCACCUGCUGGGGACACUUGGGGACAUCAACACCCUCUUCUUCUGUCCCUCUCCUGGCCACGGUGGCCGCACGGUGGCCAAGCAGUGCCAAAGAGCCAUGGAGGACAUCCCGAGGCUGCUGUGCACAGAGCAACAUCACCACUGGGCUGUCAUCAGGCCGGUGUCACCUCUGCAGAGACUCGGGGACAUCCUGAGGGCACUCUGGGAGCACUUGGGGACACUUUGGGAAGGCGUGUGGCGAUGCUGGUGGGGGCAGGGGGGUGAACGAGCCUCCCCUCUGAAGAGAGCCUGA